GUCAACAUGAAGCUCUUUACUCUUUAUCAUCGUGUCCGUGUGCUGGGGCUGAUAUUGUGCAUGGGUUUGUGGGUUCAUUGUGACAUUCCAGAUGAUCUGUCGGGAGCUUACCUGCAUGGAGAUUUUAACUGCGCAAUUUUGUCAUCUAUUCACUCAAGAGUCAUCAACCUUCACAACCGAACACGCCCGGAGCCAUUUAUCUGUUCCGAUUUUGAUCUGGGCUCAUACUUAGAAUCGUUGGCUGCAAUCCACACAAUUGAAGAAAUCAAUGAUUCUAAAUUUCUUCCGGGAAUUAAGUUUGGAUAUCAAGUCUGUGACCCGUGUGCAUCUCCUACCAAAGCACUGCACUGUCUGGAACAUUUACUGGCGAUUAACGGAUCUCUGCCGGUUCUCUCAGACUUCUCAGAUUUCCGCCCGUCAAUGAAAGCGCUUUUGGGAGAAAGAUACUCUGAAUUAUCCAUCGCUGUUGCCAAACUACUCAGUCUCUACAUGUUUCCUCAGAUCAGCGGUACCUCCUCUUCACCAGUCCUCAGCGACAAACUGCGUUAUCCUUCUUUCAUGCGUGUCGUUCCAAGUGAUGUCCACCAGGCUAAAGCGCUGGCCAAGCUCAUGGAGCGUUUCUCAUGGAGCUGGGUCGGUGUAGUGUACGGAGAUGAUGAUUAUGGAAGAGCCGCCCACCAGAGUCUCCGGAAAGAGGCCGAGGGAAAGGUGUGUCUAGAUUUCGAGGAGGUAGUGCCGCACUACUUGGACCAUGUGGAAAUUGACAGGUACAUCAAAGAUGCCGUCAACACUAUACAGGCUUCUUCUGCCAAGGUUGUGGUUCUCAUUCUAAAGGACGAGCUGGUAGCAAAGAUUUUUAAAGAGAUGAUUCAAGCUAACAUGAGCAGAAUUUGGAUCGCGAGUGACGCGUGGUCCACGUACGGCCCCUUGACGAAGAUGCCGGACAUAAAUAAAGUGGGUGAAAUUUUUGGCUUCUCUUUUAUCAUGGGAAAUAUACCAGGGUUUGAGGAAUAUUUGAAAACCCUCAGACCAUCACCUGGAGCAAAGAAUGACUUCAUAGAGGAGUACAAGGAAUUGAGGCGGAACUGCUCCAUCUCCCCCCUGAACUGUGGUGUAGGUGAUCUACUGGAGGUUAUGAACCUGAAGGAAGUUUACGGUCAGAGAGUGGCGGUUUAUGCUAUAGCUCAUGGCCUCAAAAAGCUCCUGAAAUGUAACGAGACCGCUUGCCCUGGAGAUAUCAACUUUCCACCUUGGCAGCUUGUGGAAAACAUUCGCGGUGUGAAUUUCACACUCGAUGGCAUCUCACAUUCCUUUGAUAAAAACGGGGACUUUAUGGAUGGUUAUGACCUUAUAAGGUGGACGAAAACUAAUGAUACUCGAAUUAUUGAUGUUAUUGGAAAGUUUCUCUUGAAUGAAGGAAAAGUGGAGCUCUGGAGUGAAUACCAGGGGAUCACAGUGAGUCAUGUCACCCAGUCAGUGUUCUCAUCACGUGUGCAUCAUCACAGAUCAUUAGAUCAUCAUAAUUGUGUCUUGAAGCUCCCACCGUCCAAGUGCUCAGAGUCCUGCCCACCGGGAACCAGUAAGGAUUUGGUGAACACGGUAAAGUCCUGCUGCUACAACUGCACCGAGUGUCCCGAAGGAACUUACACGAACAAAUCUGAUGAAGACAGAUGUCAUGACUGUCCAAGAGACCAGUGGUCUACAAAGAAACAAACUAAAUGCGAGGUCUUCCAGUACACGUAUCUCUUUUGGUCUGACGUCUAUCCCAUAGUUCUGUUGGUGGCAGCAGCAAUAGGCAUAACAGUAGUGUUAACUUCAUUUAUCAUUUACUAUGUUCACAGAGAAACGACGAUCAUCAAAAUGGCUGACAUGAAAAUGUCCAGUUUUAUGUUGCUGGGUCUGAUGGUUAGCUUUGUGAGUGUCAUCAUGUUUAUUGGCAGGCCGAACGAUCAUCUGUGUCGGGCACAGCAGGCCGUGUACGGCUUCGGUUUCACCCUGUGCGUUUCGAGCAUCCUGGUGAAAGCUUUCCGUACCUUCCUGGCGUUCAUGAUCUUUGAGCCGAACACAAAGCAUCAGCUAAACAAACUCUACAAGCCUCUUAUUAACGUGCUGGUGCUUACCGGCGGUCAGGGAGUCAUUCUGUUGUUUUGGCUGAUUUUCAAGCCUCCUAAUGAAGACACUGUGUGGCCUGGAAAAUCAGGGAUGGUAAAGUACAUCGUCUGCAUUGAGGGUUCCAUCAUAGGAUUUGCAGUCAUGCACUGUUACAUUUCUCUUCUUGCCUUCAUUUGUUUCAUUCUUGCCUUCAAGGUUAGAAGAGUGCCGCAGGAUUUUAACGACUCUGGUGUCAUCAUCUUCAGUAUGUUGAUUCACCUGUUUGUCUGGCUUUGCUUUAUUCCCAUUUACAUCAAUAAGAACAAGACGGAACAGCAACACAUAGUCCAGGCUUCGGCCGUUCUGGCCUCCAACUACGGCAUAAUCUUCUGCCAUGUUGUCCCUAAGUGCUUCAUAGUCUUGUGGGAUUUCUCUUGGAACUCGAGCUCUGCCAUCCUGGGCAGGUUGAGAAGACAUAAUAGACAAAACACGAAGAACCCAGACAUUACUGUGUUACAGGAUGAAAGUAUGGAAGCGGGUCCAGUAGAAUCUACGCCAGUGGUUGGCACAAUUUCUCAAGAUGAUCUGAGCGCUGUCAAAACUCUGAGAAAUGUAUUGAAUGAGGACAGAGGCAGUGUGAACUCAACACAGAAUAGACACGCCCGAGUGAAGCAAAGACACACCACAAAUUGAGUGCUCUGUAAUGGGUUGUCUUUCUUUAACAAAUUUAUAAACUUAUCAACCUAUCAAAACCAUUACCAUCAAAAAACAUUACCAACUUUUACUGUCUACUUGACAACAAUUUUAAAUAAGUAGAUGUACUCUUCACUCCACUACAUUUGUAAUAACUAAUUUCUAGGGCUGGGAAUUAAACGCGUUAAUUUGAUUAAUUAAUUACAGGAAAAAAUAAUGCAUUAAUAUUUCUAAUGCCAUUAAUGCGCCCAGCCCUGCCCCGCCCUUCUAUAGACCUGUACACUUUUUAGAAUUGCUGCCAUCUAGUAACAAAUCGACCAAGAUGCAAAACGAUAAGGACGAAGAACUGCAUGGCUUGCUUAAUACCAUUUUAAGUACAAAUGAGAUCCAAAUGGAGCCAUUGACAAAAGCAAAGUCAUUUGCGUUAUCUGUGGCAAGGAAUUUGCCUAUCAUCGAAGCAGUUCUAGCUUAAAAUACCACCCAAACUCGAAGUAUGUUUUAGCGAGCUUGGCGGUCACCUCAUCCCCGGCUGCGACAGUAAGCACGCUCCACCAAACCACGCUUCCUGAGACGAGUCGGCACAAAUUAAGUAAGUCUACGUCACAAUCAUUAACAAAUAAGAUAUCUAAAUGGAUUGCAAUGGACUGUAGGCCUAUUAAUGUUGUGAAAGACAAGGGGCUUGUGAUGCAUUUCGAAUUGCUUCUUCCGACACAACCUACACACUACCGUCAAGAGGUACGGUACUUCCGAGAAUAAAUCAGUUGUAUGACACAGAAGAAAAAAAACGGUACAAUUUAGCUCAAGCUAAACAUAUGGCCCUAACUGUAGUUCACUGGACGUCAAUAAGUAAUCAUAACUAUCUAGGUGUUACUGCGCACGUCAUCGAUUGUGAAUGGAAACUUAAGUCCUUUGAGUAAACUGUGCUGAAGUCAGUCACACGUCACUAUUCUGAUGUAUGUGCCGAACAGUUUGUAACAGUGGCUGAAGACUGGCGCGGCCAAGAAAAUGUGACCACCGUCAGAACUGACAGCACACGCAACAUGGUCGCAGCGCCAAAAAAGCUUCAUUAUCAUCACAUGACUUGCGCUGCCCAUAUUUUACAUGUUAUAUCCUCUGUAACCUAAUUCAUAGGUUUGUGUUCAGUCAGUGAUAAAAAAUGUCAAGACCUUUGUAGCCUGAGUUCAAGGGCUUGUAUUCAAUAAUAAAUGGUAAAAAAAUCUGCUUCUUGGAAUGUCUGUAUGUAUGUAUGAUUAAAUAG